UUGCGUAGUAGUCAGCUGACUCCGAGUUUUCACGUGAUCUUCACAGCCGUAGGAGAUCCCACGGAGGAGUGUGGGAAUAAAAACCCGGAUCUCUUCAAACAAAAAGCCACUCGGUGCUCCCCUGUCCCGGUUCGUUAGUCCCGUUCACCGUGCAGCAUGGCGUGGACUAAAUACCAACUGUUCCUCGCGGGGCUGAUGCUCACAACCGGCUCCCUCAACACGCUGUCCGCAAAAUGGGCUGACAUGUUCUCUGCGAAGGGUUGCCAUGAUGAUCCUCCACAUCUAUUUUCUCAUCCGUUUGUUCAGGCGGUGGGAAUGUUUCUGGGCGAGCUCAGCUGUAUCGCAGUCUUCUACAUGUUACUUUGCCAUGACAGACGGCGCCCCGAGCCCAAGAUGAACCCCGGCCAGAGCUUCAACCCUCUCCUCUUCUUCCCUCCCGCCAUGUGUGACAUGUUGGCCACAUCCAUCAUGUAUGUUGCUCUCAACAUGACCAGUGCCUCCAGCUUCCAGAUGCUGCGUGGAGCGGUCAUCAUCUUCACUGGUCUGCUUUCUGUGGCGUUCCUGGGGCGACGCCUGGCACCCAGUCAGUGGUUCGGCAUCCUCACCACCAUCCUGGGCCUGGUGAUAGUGGGCCUCGCAGACUUCUUCAGCGGGAACAAACAAGACGCGCACAAACUCAGCGACAUCCUCACCGGAGACCUUCUGAUCAUCUUGGCUCAGAUCAUUGUUUCAGUGCAGAUGGUCCUGGAGGAAAAGUUUGUCUACAAACAUGAUGUCCAUCCUCUUCGGGCUGUUGGUAUUGAAGGUUUCUUUGGGUUCUUCGUCCUGUCGCUGCUUCUCAUCCCGAUGUAUUUCAUCCAUGUUGGCGAGUUCAGCGGCAACCCUCGGCAUGUCCUAGAGGACGCGCUAGACGCCUUCUGUCAGAUCGGGCACAACCCUCUCAUCUUGCUGGCUCUGCUGGGCAACACAGUCAGCAUCGCCUUCUUCAAUUUUGCCGGGAUCAGCGUCACCAAAGAGAUCAGCGCCACCACCCGCAUGGUGCUGGACAGCCUGCGUACGCUGGUCAUCUGGGCGGUGAGCCUGGCGCUGGGCUGGGAGCAGUUUCAUGGCCUGCAGGUGCUGGGCUUCCUGGUGCUCCUGGUGGGUACAGCGCUCUACAAUGGACUGCACCGCCCCCUGCUGGCCAGGAUACCGUGGUGCGCUGCAAGGAUGAACACAGAGGAGGCGGAGGAAAGCCCAGAAGAAAGAGAGAGGCUGCUGGGUGAUGGCAGGGUGCAGACCGGGGACGAGAGCUAAAACCUGAGACGUCCUGGUCCUCUGGACUGUCGGUCACAGACAUUGCACCUUUCGUGUAGUGAUAGUCUUUUUUUUUUUUUUUUUUUUUAAAUAUGGUCCUUUUUCACACCUCAGAUUUUAUAGGACCUCACACAAUGUUAUAAUAUGUGGGAGUGUGCAAGCUCUUUCAAAGGAAUAGUUUGGCACAUCCAUCUUCUCUGACUCUGGGAAGAACAGAAAAAAGAUCCCAAAUUGUUCAACUGUUCUUUCAGAGAAGCAGAGGUCAGUCUGAAGUCACUUUUGUAUAACAAUAGUUUUUUUUUUUUUUUUAAUGGAAUUCAUUUGUUAUGAAAAAAAAGAAUAAUGUAUAAUAGGCAGUAUCAGUAUUUGCUUCUGACCCUCUCGCAUAUUUAUUUAUCCUUAAAUGCAGGAUAACUAUCGCUCCGCCUGCCUUGACCUUUACGAAGGUCAUGGAGGUAUCAAAAUGUUCUAAUUAAUACAAGAGCUAUCCGCACUCUUAAAAUCUAUGCAGAGUACAUACAGCUAAGUGUGCGGAUAUCAGUUUAUCCGUAAACAAAAAACUUGAACUGACACUUUUUUUGUUAUGUCACUAAAGCACAGGUUUAUGAGUGACUGCCACACAAGAUGAAAAUUAGUCCUUUGAAGAUUUAUGCUGAUUUUCUUGAAUCGACGAGUCACGUUGUUUCUGACAGUUUUAUGAUUUAUUUUUUUUCAAUGUUGCUGACUGCUGUGUGAUUGUGCCAAAGUAUAUAUUAUGCCAACAGAGACAUGUGUGACAGCAUUUCAAAAUGUGUUUUGUAAUCAAGCUGUAUAGUCAUCUCCAUCUCAGUUUAUUGAAAACAGAAUGUGUGCAGAAAAGCAGUUUUAAAAGAAAAUGUGUGUAUAUUUGGUGAUCUUAAAUUUGAGUUUGUUUUUACUAAUGAGCAUGUAUCAAAAAUAUCUGAGCUCCUACACAGAGUGAUAUACACUUGUUAUUGUAAGUCCUGCUUCGCCUUCUCUGUUUAGUAGUUUAUGGCUGUAUCAUAUGCAAAAAAGGGACUGUUAUUAAAUCACACUUGUUGAAUCUGCAUUAGUAUAUUUACUCAGGUCUUUGUUGACCUGCCGACAACGAUCAAUUAAUGUAAUGUAAUGUAAUG